AUGCUGUCGAUGUCGGUCGGUGGUACGCUGGCGGCCAAUGGGCCGCCCGCUGCCAGCCAGCUGGUGAGCGACAGCUACCACGCCACACGGCACAGCGGCGUCACCCCAGAGGAGGUGAUCGACAGCUACGAUACCGCAUGGCACAGGGCAUGCAAGCAGCAGGCCGGCAUGCCAUGCACGUCCGAGGUGGUGAGACAAGGCGUGGCUGCCAUCCAGGGAGGCGGCUGCGUGGGCGACCUGGCGCGGUGGCUGGGCCGAGGUGGCCCGCCGCCGCCGACGCUCGCCGUCGACGGCUUCGCCCUGCCCCCCGGCGAGUCGGUGUGCUGCCUGCUGCGCGACUCCGACGUCGUGGACGUCAUCCCGAGCUCCCGAGGCCUCGCCGACGGCGCGUCGCCGCUGCCCGCGCCGCGCACGCCGCCGCCGUCCGCCGCGGCGGCGCCGCCGAGCCCGAGCCCGAGGCCGGCCCCCGCGGCCGAGCCGCCGGACUUUGGCCCCCGGGAGCUGGGCGGCUGGCCCGCGGCCGUGGUGGCCUGGGCGCGCGCCCACGCGCUCGCCGUGCGCCGCGCGGAAAGGGCCGCCGGCGCCGCGCCUCCCGCCAUGGCGUGCCCCGCCGGCGCCGUGGAGGAGCUGGCGCAGCUGCUGCGGGCGGCGCACGCGCCCGGGCCGCAGAUGGCGGAGGCGGCCGAGCGGCUCCGCUCCGGCGAGGCGCGGCAGGGCUUCGGGCCCGCGCUGCUGCAGCUCGUGGGCAGCGCGGCCGCAGGCCCCGAGAUCCGGCAGGCCGCGGCGCUGUACUUCAAGAACUUCGUGCUGCGGUGUUGGCUGGCCGAGGCCAGCGCGAUGGCCCAUGUGGACCGCGAGCCGAUCCGGCGCGCGCUGGUGCCGCUCAUGGCCUCCGCCCCGAAGCCCGUGCGCGCCGCGUUGGGCGCGGCCCUGGAGGAGCUAGUGGCGGUCGACUUCCCGACGGACUGGCCGACCCUGGUGGACGAGCUCGUGCAGACCCUCCGGGCCUCCACGACGCUGCCGGCGGCCACCGCGGCGAUGGAGGUCGCGCACUCUGUCUUCCUGCGCUACCGGUCCAUCAGCGGGUGCGGCGAGCUCGUCCGAGAGGCGCGCAGCUGCGCGGAGCAGUUCGGGCCCGCGCACCUCGAGGUCUGGGCCCAGGCGAGCGAUCACGUCCUGAGCGGCGCCGCGGCGCCCGACGCGCUGCGGGAGAACCUGGAGCUGCUGGCGGCCACGGCGCGGGUGUUCUUCGACCUGAACGUGCCCGCGCUCCCGGCCUUCUUCAGCGAGAACAGGGAGGCCUACCUGAGUCGCUCGCUGGCGCUCCUGGGCUCUGGCGCCCCCACGGCCAGCACGUGCUGCUCCAGGCCCGACGUCUGCCCCCUGGAGGCGCUGAGAGUGCAGAUCUGCAGCAACCUGGCCCUGUACUCCAGCCGCUACGACGAGGACCUCCAGCCGCACGUAGAGGCGUGCGUCAAGGCCGCGUGGGGCCUGGCGGUGGCCAACCCUGGCACCGACCUCGCCACCGCGGCCAUGGGCCUGCUGUCCUCCAUGGCCGCGACGGAGUGGCAGCCCUCGCCUUUCGAGGAGCGGCCGCCGCGCGCCCGGGCCCUCGCCCCUCGGCUCCGGCCGCGGCUGGAGGGCGAGGCCCCGUGGGAGCGAUCCCCCGCUGGGCUGCUCUUCGGGCUCGCGGGCCUCUGCGACUGCUGGUCGCGCUUCCGCUCCAAUCCGUCCCCGCCGACCUCCCAGCCCCGUCGGAGCCCCGCCGGAGCAGCUCAGGACCCUGCCACGCUCCGGGCGCUUUGCGAGGCCGUGGUGCUGCCCAACGUGCAGCUUGGCCGGGAGGACCUCGAGCUCUUCUCGGAGGACGCGGCGCUGCGGUCGGCCGGCUCGGGCGACCGCUGCCGGCGUCGGCCGUUCCUGCGCGGCACGGGGAAUGGCAUUCGACUCGGGACGUCGGGGAUCACCGUCUGCCCCAACCAGACAGCAGGGCCCUACCCAGACGAGGUGGACGCAGUGGCAAUGGCGAACGUCGUGGCUGGCAAGCUCCAGAACGUCGGCGAGCAGCUGCCGCGGCCGGUGCCGGCGCUGGCAUGGGCGGAGGCGCCGGCGCCGAGGGCGCCCUCGAAGCCCAGGAGCUACAGCGAGCGCCCCGCCGCGGUCAGGUGGCUCCGCCACGCCGUGCGCAAGCCGUGCGGCGGCCGCCCCCACAGCAUCCGCAGGCCUUGCGGGCUGCGAGCGGCGGGGCCUCCGGCCUCGCUGGCCCUCUGCGAGAGCUCCGCCGCUGGAGCGAAGCCUCUCCUGCCACACGGCGCGGCGGGCCCGCGGCCCGCCUCGCCGCCCGAGCUGCCCGGGGCUGGGCCGGCCGGCAGCGAGGCGGCGUGCGACCGGACGAGCGGAGCUCCGACCUCGUUGCCUCUCGGCGAGCUCCGCCUGGGCUGCCGCGCCUCAGGCCGGUUCGCGAGCGAGCCGCGCACCCUCGGCGACCUUCCCGAGCUGCAGGGCUCUGGCGCGGAGGUCAGGACCGGCCUGGGCUCCCGCGCCUCGGGCCGGCGCGUGGGCGAGCCGCACACCUUCGGCGACCUUCCCGAGCUGCAGGGCUCUGGCGCGGCAGACGGGGCUCGCCCGGGCGGCCGCGCCUCGGGCCGGCGCGUGGGCGCUUCGCGCACGCCGCCCGAGCUGGGCCCCCUGCUGCCGGCCGGCCGCGACGCAGCCGCCAGCCCGUCCGUGGGGCCUCCGUGGGCCUCCGCUGCGCCCGGGCGGGUCUGCAGCGCCGUGGGGAUCCACCCUGGGCCGCGCCAGUUCCGCAGCGAGCCCGCGGGGCCUCCGCGCCCGCGCGGGGAGCGGCCCGCCGACGCCCGGAGGCCCGGCCUCGGCGGUGGCCGGGGCGGCGCGGGGCAGGGCGAGGCAGCGGGGGGCCGCGCCGCGGGCGUCUGCCCGCGCGGGCGCCGCGGCGGGCGAGCGGCGGAGGCGGCCAGUGCCGCAGGCGAGUUCAGAGGUUCGCCUGCUUGCCCCUUCCAGUUCGGGGAGCCCCUGGGCUCCCGGGCCUGCGACACGCCUGGGGUCCGCUGCCUCUGCCCGCACGGGGCGAUGGCUUCUCCCGCCCCCCCCCGCCGCGGUGGCGCUCCCGCCGCUUCCACGCCCCUGCCUUUGGCGAUUCGGGGCCUCUCCGUUGGGCGCCUGCACGCCCUGUUCGUCGUCCUCUUCGGCUGCGCCACGGUGGUCUUCGAGUUCGUCGGCUUCCUGCUCUUCGCCAUGUCGGAGCUGCGCGUGGACCUGUGGCUCUUCCUGGUCUUCCGCGUGCACUACGACGCGAAGGUGUGCGAACUCAUCGUGGCAUACGUGUCGCGCCUCUUGGAGCAGGCGAAGGUGGCGGCCCUGGACCAGGAGGUACUGUGCAAGGACGCGUGCGCCAACCUCGUCAUGUCCCUGGCAGGCCUGAUGUCGUCCAAGUGCACUCCGCAUCCGGGUCGGCGGAUACUGGACGGUUUCCUGAAGUCCGUGGUGGUCCCAGAGUUGGGGUCGGAACCGACCGCGAGCAGAGCGGUGCUGAGAGCUGCGUGCCUGAAGUACGUGACCGUGCUGAGGAGCCACCUCUGCCCUGCCACGGUGGCCAGCGUGGUGCCGGGCAUUCUCAGGCACAUGACCUCCGAGAGCGCCGUGGUGCACACCUACGCGGCGCACUGCCUGGGGAGCCUGCUCACGGUCGUGGAGCCGACCUCGCUGCGGAGCUCCCCCACGGGCUCCCCGAGCGGCUCCCCUGCCAAGAGGCCGCCUCCUCCGCCGCACCCGGGCUCUGGCUGGUCCCGAGACACGACGAGGCGGCGGCGGUACGACCCGCAGGCGAUGCUGCCCGCGGCGGCGCAGGCCGUGCCGCUGAUGCUGCAGCUGCUGGCCGAGCGCCGGGGCAUUGAGCACAACGAGUACGUGGCCCGCUCGCUGGUGCAGGUCCUGGACUACCUGCAGCUCUUCGGCGGCCCCGAUGCGGGCUGCCCGCCGCAGACCCUGGGGGCGCUGGCCCAGCUCGUGUCGCGGUGCGCCUCGGGGCCGCCCGCGAACCCGGAGUACGCGCACGACCUCUUCGAGUGCGCGGCGCUGCUGGCCCGGGCUGCGGCGCCCACGCGCAGCGAGGAGGCCGCCGCCGCUCUCGUGCCCGUGAUGGGGCGGAUCUGGCAGGAGGCCAACGAGGACGGGACCUACUGCCCUAUUGCGUUCAGGUGUUCGCCCUCCUGCUUGACGCGACGCCCCUGGAGAGACUGGACACGUCGUUCUACGCAGCGCUGCUCCCAGGCGCGCUCGAGGCGCGGCUGUGGCGGCUGCGGGGCUGCGUGCCGGCGCUGGUGCGGCUGCUGCGCUCGUUCUUCGCCAGGCGCGAGGCAUUCGGCAGCGCCGUCGCGGCGCACCUGCCGACCAUCUUCGAGCGGUUUUCCCUCAUUGUUGGUCACCAGAAGCUGGCGGCCUUCGCCUUCGAGCUGCUGA